CAGGUGUCUCGCUCUGGUCUGAGGAGAUGAGGUCCCCUCUCCUCUCACCCGCCGCCGCGCUCGGGGCAGGUGAUAAUGGAGGGAAAGUCUGGGCUUCGGCCGCGGCGCCGCGCUGGAGCGCAUCCCAGUCUCUUCUAGAGAGUUGGUGCACUUAAGGAAAGUGCAGUUUGGGGAAGGUAGAAGAUCUGUCUUCAUCCCCUUGGGCGGUGCCAUUGUGAAGGUAUCCCAGCCAGGGAAAGUGAUGUUAGGCCCACCGCCUGAGGAAGACCUUGGUGUGGGAGCUGUCCUGCCCUGCCUAUUUCAUCAUCUCAUGGAAGAUCCAAUCCCUCUGUGGAACUUCUAAACAUCUUUUAUUAGUGGAAAUAUUUUCUACACAAUGAAGUCAACAACUUAAUUUAAACCAGCAUCUGUGUGGUUCUGAUUCAUCUGCUAUGGUUCAUGAAGUUUGAGAUCUGAGUAGUACAGGGUCUUUUGCGAUGACAAUAUGACUAAUAGUAAAGGAAGAUCUAUUACUGAUAAAACAAGUGGUGGUCUAAGUAGUGGAAGAGGUUUUGUAGAUUGGACUUUAAGUUUAAAUACAAUUCAAUCUGAUAAGUUUUUAAACUUGCUGUUGAAUAUGGUUCCAGUAAUUUAUCAGAAAAACCAAGAAGAUAGGCACAAAAAAGCAAACGGCAUUUGGCAAGAUGGAUUAUCAACUGCAGCACAGACUUUUAGUAAUAGAUCUGAGCAACACAUGGAAUAUCACAGUUUCUCAGAGCAGUCUUUUCAUGGCAAUAAUGGGCACACAUCAAGCUGUAGCCAAAGGUAUGAUGACUAUGCCAACUAUAAUUACUGUGAUGGAAGGGAGACUUCAGAAACUACUGCCAUGUUACAAGAUGAAGAUGUAUCUAGUGAUGGUGAUGAAGAUGUUAUUCUGGAAAUAAACCACAAAUUACCAAAGGAAUCCAGUGGCAUCAUGGCAUUGCAAAUACUUGUGCCGUUUUUGCUCGCUGGUUUUGGAACAGUUUCAGCUGGCAUGGUUUUGGAUAUAGUACAGCACUGGGAGGUGUUCAAAAAAGUUACAGAAGUUUUCAUUUUAGUUCCUGCACUUCUUGGUCUCAAAGGGAACUUGGAAAUGACAUUGGCAUCCAGAUUAUCUACUGCAGUAAAUAUUGGGAAGAUGGAUUCACCCAUUGAAAAGUGGAACCUAAUAAUUGGCAACUUGGCUUUAAAACAGGUUCAGGCAACAGUAGUUGGUUUCCUAGCAGCUGUGGCGGCAAUUAUAUUGGGCUGGAUUCCAGAGGGAAAAUACUACCUUGAUCAUUCCAUACUUUUGUGCUCUAGCAGUGUAGCAACUGCCUUCAUUGCAUCUCUUCUGCAGGGAAUAAUAAUGGUUGGAGUUAUCGUUGGUUCAAAGAAGACUGGUAUAAAUCCUGAUAAUGUUGCUACACCCAUUGCUGCUAGUUUUGGCGACCUUAUAACUCUUGCCAUAUUGGCUUGGAUAAGUCAGGGUUUGUACUCUUGUCUUGAGACGUAUUACUACAUUUCUCCAUUAGUUGGUGUCUUUUUCUUGGCUCUGACUCCUAUCUGGAUUAUAAUAGCUGCCAAGCAUCCAGCCACAAGGACAGUUCUCCAUUCAGGCUGGGAGCCCGUCAUAACAGCUAUGGUUAUAAGUAGCAUUGGGGGCCUUAUUCUGGAUACAACUGUAUCUGACCCAAACUUGGUUGGGAUUGUUGUUUACACACCAGUUAUUAAUGGUAUUGGUGGUAAUUUGGUGGCCAUUCAGGCUAGUAGGAUUUCUACCUACCUCCAUUUGCAUAGCAUUCCAGGAGAAUUGCCUGAUGAACCCAAAGGUUGUUAUUACCCAUUUAGAACUUUUUUUGGUCCAGGAGUAAAUAAUAAGUCUGCCCAAGUACUACUGCUUUUAGUGAUUCCUGGACAUUUAAUUUUCCUCUACACUAUUCAUUUGAUGAAAAGUGGUCAUACUUCGUUAACUAUAAUCUUCAUAGUAGUAUACUUAUUUGCUGCUGUGUUACAGGUAUUUACCUUGCUGUGGAUCGCUGACUGGAUGGUCCAUCACUUCUGGAGGAAAGGAAAGGACCCAGACAGUUUCUCCAUCCCCUACCUAACAGCACUGGGUGAUCUGCUCGGGACAGCUUUGUUAGCCUUAAGUUUUCAUUUUCUUUGGCUUAUUGGAGAUCGAGAUGGAGAUGUUGGAGAUUAAUAAAUCCUACAAAGCGCUCUCAAGCUACCAAGGAGGACAACACAAGACAACCACUUACGGCUCUUUUUCAAAACUCUUAAAUCAGUAGUUUGACUUUUGCAAGGGUAAUCUUCAGUUGGCCCUGAUUCAAUUAAAUGGCCUUAACAUUUUUUAAGGAAUUUGUGUUAAAACCAGAAUGAACAUUAUUUGUGCUGCUGCUUUUUGUAGAAUAAAUGAUAAUUUGACAUAAACAUAGGUAUAAUCUCAAGCUCUGAAAUUAAUUAAAUAGGAAAGACUAUAAGAGGUUUACAGUGAACACUUUUAAAACCACAAACCAGAAAUGUACUUUAGUACUGUUUAAAUGUAAUACAAGAUUAGAGGAAACAGAGCGCUAGUUCAGUCUUUCCUGUCUCACAGAUACGUUGUACUGCAAGGCGUACUAUAAAAUGAAAGGUGCCCAACCAUGCUUCUAAUAGUUUUAACUAUGUCUACGUCUAUGCUAGCUGAGGAUAAAUUUACCAAUUGCUUAUUCCUAAACUGACCUAAAUAUGUUCUGCUGAGUGAAAGAUAGACUCAAUUUUACCUCCAUCUAAAAUUACCCUGUGCCAAUGUUAAUUUAAUUUCAAAUCUGCAAGUUCUUGACAGGCUAACCUUUAAGCACAGAAUGAUCUUGAGAGAACUUUGAUGAAAGCAGUGAGUCAUUUUUUGAUCAUUGAUUUGUUGAAAAAAUGUUGAUUUUUAAAGAAAAUAGUCAAAAACAGAAGAUAACCUGGGCUGUAUCUGUAGAGACAGGAUGGUAUGAGAAAUUGUGUAUGUGUGUGUGCAUAUGGGUGGGGGGUUGGGGGGAGACAGACACACUUUUAAUGGAGAACUAAAUCUUGGAUUGUUGAUAGCAAAAAUCAUAGUGCUAUUAGAAUAUCAGCACUAUGUAUUCCUAAACACACUUUAUUGAUGUGCUUUUGUCUUUGGUCCAAAUAUUUUGCUACAGACCAGAAUUAAGUAUUUGUUGCCUACAUUAUAAUAGUUUCUUUUUAUCAAAAAAGCUAUACUAUUUAAUAUAAUCAAGAUAUACGAUUUAGAAUGAGCAAGUAUUUCAUUUUCUCUUUUUACAAAAGCUCAUUACAUAUCCCUUUAAAAGAGAGUUGGUGGGUUACCUUGGUUAUUGUUUAUGCCUACACAUAUCAUUAAUUUUCACAGGCCUAUUUCUACAUGGGACCCUAUCACAUGCAUUGCUAUAUUUCUCAUAUUUUUCUAAAACUCUGGACUGUAUUCUAAAUACUUGACCAACACUUAUUCAAUAGGUAAACCUUUUUAUAUCACAUGUAGUUUACUUUUCAAAAUGCAGUACAAUCUCUCAAGACCAUUAGCUAUUUAAUCAUUUAAGCUGAUAAGGGAAUAAAAAAUGCACAUAAACUCUGGUUGUGGUUUAAAUUGUGAAUGAGUGUUAUUAUAUAAAUAGUACAUUGUUUAUAAAUAUAUUGGGAGAAGUAUUCUUCUUAAGCUCCUUAAAUGAGGGGGCUGUGGUUCAGAGUUAUAUAUUUUUGCUUAUUUUUAAACUUUAUUCUAUUCUUCUGCCUUAUAAUGAAGCUUUUAAGGCAGAGAACUGAACUAAUUAUAGAAUGUCUCCUUUGGAGAGUUAUAAUGUCACAUAGUGAACAUUCUUGUAAAAGAAAGAAUGAUUAAGUUGAUGAAUAUUUAGCUGCAAAGAUUUUAUUUUAAAAAAUACAUAAAUAAUAUCUCUGAUAUUAUUGUAAAGCAUUUGUAAAUUAGUUAUUAACACUUGGGCUGUGUGAUUCAUAAGCGUUUACAUUUCCCAUGAUUUCUAUUUUGAUUUUUUUAACACAAAAAAAUUACAGAGCAAGCUACAUUUUUAAUACAUUAACCAACAACAUCAACAGUUUGGUGUAUUACCUAUUCCAAAGCACAUGCAAAUACACUAUAUCAUUUAGUAUUCACAACAGUACCUUUGAAAUAAGUCAGAUGGAUAUUCCUACCUGUAUUUUACAGCAGAGGAAACUGAAACUCAGAGAAGUUCCAGCUGCACAGAGAAGGUUGCACAGCUGCACAGUGCCCAGAUUGUAAAGCCCCGAAUGUUAGGUCUUUAAUCUGCUAGGCCAGCACUCAUCCUAUGGCACCACUGUGAUUCUCCAAAUGUACCAAGAGUACCUAAUUAAGAGGAAGCCAACUUAAUUAAGAAGAUUAAGAGGAUUUUAUAAAGUAAAAUGGAGCAUUGCUACAUCUUUUAGAUUUCAGACAGGGAAAGCUCCACUUAAUAUAUGUUUUUAAAAAAAAUUUUUUUUAUUUCAGCAUAUUAUGGGGGUACAGAUGUUUACGUUAUAUAUGUUGCCCGUGCCCACCCCCCCAAGUCAGAGUUUCAAGCGUAUCCAUAGGCAUAUACAUACAUAAUGAGUGCAAUGCACACCAUCUGGGCACUUCAUAUAUCUUAAUGGUGAAUACAUUCAACUCUAAAUUAUUCAUGUUCCUGAGACCAAGGAAAAUACAGGUAAAUGAAAGUUUUAAAAUAAAGAAUGCUUUAGUGCAUAGAACAUUUAAUUGCCACAACCUUCCCAGACCUAGCCAUUUACCAUAGAUGCUAAUAAAUAACUAGUAUGACUGA